AUGUUGCUGAGAAUCCGUGGGCCUGAUGGCAUGCUGCGCAUCAAUGUCCAAGAGACCGACUCCUUUGCAGAUGUUGCCGACAAGUUCUUGACCGAGCUGCCGCCCACCGUCGAUCCUAACACGAUUUCUUUCUCUAACACACCAGGGGGCAACGACUUCAAGUCCCUCUCCGAAGUAGGGAGCUUGAAUGUUGCAAAGACUGGUCUCCGCCAUGGCGACGUGAUCUUCAUAAGAUACCAACAUGCUCAGGUCCUGGGCAACGGCAACGUGAACGGCGACACGGAUCAAGCUAAGGCGCCAUUGGCAUCCUCGACGAACCGACUGAAUGGAAAGCCCAUCUUACCGACCGAGGACCUUCCCAUCGACCCACCGCCGCUGACAUCCCCGAACGAGAGAAUCAAGAAUCCCUGGGAGGUCGUCGUGCAGUCCAAGCUUGACGAUGCCUUGGACAAGAAGAGCGGCAAGAUACCCCGGAAGAUGGAUACCAUGUGCCGCCAUGGGCCCAAGGGCAUGUGUGACUACUGCCAGCCUCUAGACCCUUUCGAUUCCAAAUACCUCAACGAGAAGAAGAUCAAGUACAUGUCAUUCCACGCAUAUCUCAAAAAGAUCAACGCAGACAAGAACAAGCCCGAGUCCGGAAGCUCCUACAUUCCUCCCCUUGUUGAGGCAUACUACCGUGUCAAACGCGACUGUCCCUCAGGGCACCCACAGUGGCCCGAGGGUAUCUGCACUAAGUGUCAGCCGAGUGCUAUCACGCUGCAGCCCCAGCAAUUUCGAAUGGUUGACCACGUCGAGUUUGCCUCUCCGGCUAUCAUCGACACAUUCUUGAACGCUUGGCGCAUGAGCGGGUCUCAGCGGAUAGGCUUCUUAUACGGCAGAUAUGAAGAGUACAAUGUCGUCCCGCUGGGGAUCAAAGCUGUGGUGGAAGCCAUUUAUGAGCCGCCUCAGGUGGACGAGAUAGAUGGAAUCAACCUUAACCCUUGGGAAAACGAGAAGGAGGUCACGGAGGUUGCUAGAUUGUGUGGUCUGCAGCAAGUCGGUGUGAUUUGGACUGAUCUCCUCGAUGCGGGGAAUGGAGACGGGACUGUCAUAUGCAAACGACACCAGGACUCGUACUAUAUCGCAUCGCAGGAGAUCACUUUCGCCUCCCGCUUGCAAGCACAGCACCCGAAGCCUUCCAAGUGGAGCGAUACGGGACGGUUUGGCUCGGACUUUGUCACUUGCAUCAUCUCGGGCAACGGAGAGGGCGGAAUUGAGAUCAGUGCAUAUCAGAUGACCAACGACGCCGUCGAGAUGGUCAGGGCCAACAUUAUCGAGCCCUCUGCUGAUCCUGGACGAAUGCUAGUACAGGAAGAAGAGGAAGACGACGGGUCAACUAGCCGGACACGGUACAUACCCGAGGUGUUCUACCGGAAAAUCAACGAAUACGGCGCCAACGUGCAAGAGAAUGCAAAGCCGGACUUCCCUGUUGAGUAUCUAUUCGUCACGUUAACUCACGGAUUUCCCGACAACGCACGGCCAACAUUUACGGAUCUAGUCUUCCCGGUCGAGAAUCGAGAGCAUAUUGGCGAGGCUCAGGACCCGAGUGCUGUGGCGCAGAAGCUAAAGGCCAGUUCAAAGUCAGACAAUGGACAACUUGUUGUCUCAAACUUCCACUUCCUGUGCUUCCUGCACGGCAUGGGCGUGUUGAGUAAGGAUGAGGAAGCCCUUCUCUGCCGCGUGGCGACCGGCCACGAUCUCGCAGACGCGUUCCAGCUCAAAUCAACAACAGGAUGGCAGACCUUGCUGGCAAUCUUACAGUCGACUGGUGAGAGAAUCCCCAAACGCGGUCGUGAGGAGUUGAUGGACUUGGACACCAGCUCCGAUUCUUCCUCCCCCUCUUAUGCACCCCAUUACGACCCAGCUACCGAACAUCUUGCUAAGCGCGUUGCUGCCGUUAGGCUGAACUCGACCCUCCCGGAAGACGUCAUUAAUGAUACCGACUCGAAUUGA